AGAAAAACGAAUUUUUUCAAAUUUUUUUUCGACCCCUGCCUCCUCCAAGCAAACACAGUUCCGCCCACCAUUCGGUUAGUCUGAGCCAUUCAAGACUGUUGGUCCUCAGUCUGGGUCCAUCUCUCUGACAAGUUGGUUGUUUAAAUAAGUAUAGCUCCAUUUUUAUCAAACAAAAAGUGCUAGUGUGGCCUCAUGUCGUCGUCGUCGAGUGUGUGAAUAAGAAGUUGUACACAUUUAUUUCUCUCUGUCAUCACAUGUGCAGCAGCAGCAGCAGUAGAGCUCAGUGUGUUUCGGAAUUGCGGUCAACUUUCGCUUUCGAAGCUCAGCAACGCCACCAAGCGGCCAGGUGGUUUCUAUAGUGUGUGUGUGUGUGUGUGUGUGUGUGAGACUUGUCCUCAAUUUUUUUUCUUUUCCCUCUCACUCGUACACGCAGCAUAGGAAUCUUGUGUGAGGAUUACAAUUCUCUCUCUGUCUGUAUAGCACCUUUUGUGUGUGUACCAGUGGUGGUGCAACAGGUGUGUUGUGUGUAGCCCUCUGGUGAGCGUCUGCUGCGUUGCCCAAAUUAUUAUUUAAUUUUUUGGGGGGGGAAUUUCCAUGUCACUUGGUUGAGAUGCUAGUUGACAUGGAUCUCGCAGCUAUUGCACCCCUAGGAAACAACAGUUCGUCCGGUUUCAUUAAUUUGUCCGGCCCGUCUGUCGAUACCGACCAAGUCAGCGUCCAAAUCGAACGUUUACACAGUCCCAACGGUGGUGGUGGUGGUGGUUCAAACAGUGGUUCAGGACCUAAUGGCCAACAUCAUCAUCAUAUGGUUGGUGGCCACCACCAGCAGCAGCAACAACAGCAACAACAACAACAGCAAAUCCAUCAUCAUCACCACCACCACCUAGCUGGAGCCCAGCAUCUGCAUCACAGGACGCUGAGCUCUCCCAAUUCUGAAUUGUCGAUCGCUUCUCUUUCAAUGGCCUCGUCCAGUCCCGCUUCUACCCUGUCGCCGUUCAGUGCCAGUAGCAAUAAUAACAACAACAACAACAACAGUAGCUCGUCGGCGGCCAUGAGCUACGCCAUGAGUCACUUGAGCUCUGGUGGCGUCGAGGCCGGCGGCAAUCUAUUGGGUGUGGGCGUGACAGUCGGCCUGACUGGGCUCGAUUCCUAUUGCAUUUACAAUCCCAACAACGCAGGCGAGUACGAGACGAGCAACGCGGCCAGCAGUAACGCUGCUCUUAGUCCAUCGCCGCUCAUGGAUCCCAUCGUCAUCGUUCCAUCCUUGUCCGGACCCAGUUCGUUACCUCCUGGAACCAGCGGAUCGUCCACUGGUGGAGGACGACACGAUUUACCCGACACCAAGGAAGGAAUUGAAGAAUUGUGUCCAGUUUGCGGCGAUAAAGUCUCCGGCUAUCAUUACGGACUGCUCACCUGCGAAUCGUGUAAAGGAUUCUUCAAGCGAACCGUUCAGAACAAAAAGGCCUAUUCCUGCGUUGCCGAUCGAUCCUGCCACAUUGACAAAUCACAACGCAAGAGGUGCCCUUACUGCCGAUUCCAAAAGUGCCUAGAAGUCGGCAUGAAACUCGAAGCUGUGAGAGCGGAUCGAAUGCGCGGCGGACGGAACAAGUUUGGACCCAUGUACAAACGGGAUCGGGCGCGCAAGUUGCAGGUGAUGCGCGAACGCCAAUUGACGACACCUCGAGGUGCAAACAACGGAGGAGGAGGAAACAACAGCAAUCCAUCGCCCAACAACAGCAACAGCGGAGCCGGACAAUCGUCUGGAAUGUACACGGACAUGGGCUAUUCUCCGUCCGGCAGCAGCGUCUACGGUGGUGGAGGAGGAGGUAGCAGCAGUGGCGGUGGUGUCAAACACGAGAUUCAAAUCGCCCAAGUUUCUUCAUUGACAUCCAGUCCCGAUUCCAGCCCCAGUCCACUAGCCGCAUCACUCGGCUAUCCAGGACCUUCUGGCCAGCCAUUGGGCUCGUUGAACGGCUCGAUGGGACCUGGAUCGGGAUCUGGAGGACCGCACAAUAACAACAAUACCAAUAACCACAAUAAUAACAAUAUGGGCACCACAUCAGGAGCGGGUCCUUCUCAUCCGCACACUCCUUCUCCAAAUAAUCACCCGUCCGGUGGAGGAGGAGGCGCUCCUACACCCCAACAGCAUUCCUCCACGUCAUCCGUCUCGCCCAAAACCUUCCAUUUCGAGGGACUUUUGACCGCAGGUAACACCAUGCUGGGCAACAACAACGGUCCCAAUGUAGGAGCUGGAUCGGUUAGCGGAGCCAAAGUUCCACCAUUGAUCCGCGAAUUCGUCCAGUCUCUCGACGACAAAGAGUGGCAGAGUGCCCUCUUUGGUCUUUUACAGAGUCAAACGUACAAUCAGUGUGAAGUGGAUUUGUUUGAGCUGCUCUGCAAGGUGCUGGACCAGAACCUUUUUACGCAAGUGGACUGGGCACGUAAUUCCUACUAUUUCAAGGAUCUAAAGGUUGACGAUCAAAUGAAAUUGCUGCAACACGCUUGGUCAGACUUGUUGAUUUUGGAUCAUUUACAUCAACGAUUGCACAAUCACCUGCCUGACGAAUCUUCGCUGCCCAAUGGUCAAAAGUUUGAUCUUUUGUCGUUGUCGCUACUCGGCUGCCCAUCGCUGGCCGAACCUCUUCACGACGUCACGGCCCGGCUCACCGAAAUCCGUUUCGACGUGCCCGACUACGUCUGUCUCAAAUUUCUCAUGCUUCUCAAUUCAGACGUCAAGGGAUUGAUGAAUCGACGCCACGUGGUCGAAGCUCAAGAGCAAGUCCAGCAAGCUCUUUUCGACUACACGCUUAACUGCUACACUCAUAUCCCUGACAAGUUUGCUAAAAUGUUGGCAAUCUUACCCGACAUUCACGCCAUGUCGUCGCGCGGCGAAGAGUAUCUCUAUUUCAAGCAUCUCAACGGUUGUGCGCCGACACAAACACUACUCAUGGAAAUGCUUCACGCCAAGCGGAAAUGAGGAGGAAUCAUUGGCAAUCUUUGACACCAAAUAAUUCCCUGCAACCACCACCACCAGAUUUGAUGUGAGAAUGUGAGUGUGUGACUGACUUUGUGUGUGAGUGUUCGAAUGAAAUUCGCGCAACUAUAACAAACAAACAAAAAAUAUGCAGCGGCGUCAAGACGUUUUUGAGCUCUUUUCGUUUUAGAUUUUUGAGUGAAAUUGUCCAAACCAACGACGGUGCGCCAGAGGCUUUCACGAUAGAGAGAUUUGUUGGUGUCGAUAUAUAUUUUCUGGAUCCCGGUGUUUAAAAAUUAAAAAUCUGAGAAAAAAGCAAAAAAUUCGACCACGCUCACGAGAGAUCUGCUGCCGCCGUUUCGUGCAAAAAGAAGUUAAAAACGGAGUCACACAAAAUGUCCCUCACACACUUUGGCUUUAUGAAGAAGAAAGAAAACCCUCCAAUUGUUUGUAGCCAUCCUUCCCUGUACAUAUAAAAAUUGUAAAACAACAACAACACGAAACAAAAAAAGGCUAAACUUUUUUCUCCUUAUGUGUGUAAUCUUCUCUCUAUUGAUCGUUGACUCGAGCCACAUCGCGCUCCUCCCUUGUUCACCUUGAAGAGUAGUAAUGAAUAUAUAUCAGAGCCGAACGGGGGGGACCCCACUGGGAAUGUGGCAGCAUUUAUCGUCUUAAUUGUUUAUUUCCCCACUUUUCUGUUUUCUCCAAACUGUUUUUUGUAUUUCUCUGUGUGUGUGUACGUUUAUUAUUCUUUCUUUCUUUCUCCAAUCUUUGGCUAUUGUAGUGUGGCUACAUUCCAAAUCCACACACAGCUGGGAUUGAUCCAGUUUCAAUAUGAACGGCCGGGGAAAAAAAAGGCAACAAACCAAAAUGUGGUCUGUUUAUCUUCUUGGGACAUUGAUUUACCUUUAAAGAAUUUUUUUUUUUUUCGUGGGCGAUGGGAUUGAUUACAAACAAAAAAAAAACACACACAAAAAAAUUUAAAUCUUUCGAUUGGGUUCUCUCUCUCUUUCUCUAUUGUGACCGUUCUAAUAUUUUUUUUUCUAUUUUUCUUUUCAUUCCGCUCUGUCGGUUCGUGUCGGUUUUUUCUCCCUCCCGCUUAUUAUGGCGGUUAGUGUGAAUGUGUGAACCAGUGUUUAUGGGGAUGGACAUACAAAAGACUAUUUAAAAAUAAUUAGGUUAAAAAAAGGAAAAGAGUUGGGUUUUGCGCGCGCUAAUGUUUCAAUUUCAAUCCAUUGCGUUUAUAUAAAAAAAAAAAAGAAAAUUUGUCCUGCCAGACUUUUCUUCUUCUCUGCCGGAAUGCAAUCCUCUCUGUUAUCAUGUAACACACACACGAAACUGUUUAUUAUUUUUCUUUAAUUCUCCCAUGUCGAUUUUUCUCCCUUUUCUGCGUGAAUAGUAAUUCUUGUGACGAAGCCGCCCAAUGUCGGCUCUUUAAAAUAAAAAUAAAAAUACAAAUUUGUUCUGCGGUCA